AGAAACCCUAGAAAGCUCAACGACCUAGACAAAAAAGAUUCGAAUAUAGAGUCAGAACAACUAGACCUGUUUCGAAAGAAAGCUGGCACAAGGCCAUUGUGCUUGAAAAUCCUAAUAAAUAUCUACGAGGCCUUAUCCAGUGUGGAAAUGGGAUUUCUCUUCGAUAUUCCUCGAGUCCGGACUCCUGGUGCUUCGCUUCCUCGCUAGAUCGCUAACUAUAUCAUAAAUAAGGUAUUCAUACAUUAGCACCUACUAGGUACCUAAGGCAACUUAGGGUUAGAUAGCUCUAGUUCCAACCUCAGGAACUAAAAGCCUCAGGAUCCCAUCUGAACCAACGUUCGAACCAAGCGGGUCUUGGCGUAGCAAUACAUCUAUCUAGCUGAGUGAAGCACCUUCCUUACACCCGACUACCUGAAUAGUAACAGCAGAUACUUACCCAGUAACCGUACAAAAAUGUGUAGGCGAAUCCUAACCCAUUACAUGCACCACGACGUGCGCAGCCCGAUGCUCCUCGACCCGGCCGCCGAAAACGCACCCGUCUACGCCAACCCGCUGCACACCCGGUUCCACCGCUGCGAGGUGAGCCGCCCGUUGCCGGGCCAGUGGCUCCUCGGCAGCCCCUUCCCCACGUGCGAGUACCACAGCUGCUGCGUGCUGGUACGCGAGGUCGAGUUCUGCGCCGACUUCCACGCGUGGGUGUGCGGCACUCUGGGGAUGGACGACGACGAGGACAUAGACGAGCACUGCGAGCCGGAGCAGUGCGUCAACUUCGUGCUCGAGCACCGCCACGAGAAGCUCUCCUACUUCGGGCACCCGGAGGCGUAUCUGUGGAACAGGUACCCGGCUACGUGGCGCGAGGACCUCCUGGAGGUCGAGAACCGCAGGCGGAUGCCGUGGGCGGACGAGGAGUUAUUCCUCGAGGGCGAGAAGCUGUAUACGCUCGAGCAGGACGCUAAGACGCAGUUCCUUGUGUAUCGCGAUCUGUUUAAGGUCUGGCCUAAGGGGCACGACCAGAUGCAGCAUGCGCAGUUCAACGUGGAGCAGGCCCAGACGCUGCUCCUCGAGCAGAAGGAGAAUGUGGCGCGUUUGAUAGACUGGGCACGAGGUAAUCAAUCACAGCCGAUUAGGGCUUUUACACCGAUAUGGUGGAUGCGCAUGUGGGCAUUGGAGCAUGGGGAAUUUAGAGAGUAAGUACUAACGUCCCAACCUCUGUAUGAAAUGGUAAGUGGCCGUAACUCAAGGUAGUUUCGAUUGGUGGAGUUAAAAGGCGUUAUAAUUCUCCAGAAUAUGUUUAACCAACCAUGUAAAUGUUUCAAGGUAGAGUAUAAAUCUAACUCCCUUUCCACCCUAGAUUUCCGUGGUGAAGUUGAAUCCUAAUGAAACUUUGAGGUAGAUCAUGGUGGUAUCAUCUUCCUCGC